AUGCCCCAUUUACGAUGGUUACCCUCGAUGAUGUCCCGGUCGGGAACAUCAGCAGCAGCAGCAGCAGCGCCGACUCUGCCUACGCUUUCGUCGACGAAUCUACGAAUAGGUCAGACGGGGAAUAAUACCACGAAUCCUGGUUCCGGUCCCGGGCCCGGAUCGCAGAAACAUGCUCCUCCUCAUGCGCAGAGUCAUACGCAGCACCACUCGCGGUCGCAUUCGCAGGCUCGUCAUUCGGCUUUGUCGGUCGUGGUGGAUACGAGACGACCUGCUCUGGGACCAUCGUCGCAGCAACAGCAGCGGCAGCAGAUGGAGACGAUGGAGAGCUCGGACAGCGAGCAGUCGGAUAGUGGACCGCGAGAGGGGCCUGGAGGUGGUGGAUCGGGAGACCCGGAUUAUGCCUCAUCUCCUGGGGAGAAUAUGCAUCGGGAGGAGAUGAGGAGGUCUGGUCGGGAUGAUGGACGCAUUCAUGGGCAUAUACCGGGGAGGAUGUCGAUGGGGAAUGAGGGAGAAGGGAUGAGCCUUGACCCAGAAGUGAUGGCGACUGCAGUAGUAGCAGCAGCAGGGGAAGAAGGACGGGGGGCGACAGAUCUGGCACGGAAACAUGGCAAGCGAUUAACGACCAAGGAGGAAGUGAUACUCUUUGAUAUCUGCAAUCGACACGCGGAGGAGUUCGGACAGCGUAGUACGCUGUGUAAAUGGUGGAUGACGGUGACCGCGGAGUUCACGCGAGACCAGGGCCAUCCGUACUCGUGGCAUUCGGUGCGGCGCAAGGUCGAGGUAGUGACGAAACAGCGGAUGAAAUUCCUGGAAGAUCAGCGCGAGAAAGGCACCAGCGAGGCCGAUGAUAUGUCGAAUCCGCGAUGGCGUGCUGCGGUGGAUGCAUGGAUACCGACAUGGCAGCGCUGGGAGGAGGCGGAAGCUCGUCGUAUUGAGAAGCGCGAUUCGCGUCGUCCUCGCAAAAGAAGGCAUCGGUCAUGGGAGGCAACGUCAGGUCCGGUCUCGGACCACAGAUUGGGUCAGAGUCCAUCGACGAUGCCAUCUCUCCCUCCAAUGAUGACUCCGGCGCAGAACGCCGCUGUACGAUUACCUCCCGGGUUUGACAAUAUGUUUUCGACCCCGACAUCGACGUCCGUGGGAGCAGCAGGAGCAGGACGUGCACCCCAUCCACCAGCAUCAUCACCCAUGGGGACAGCGGACAACGGCAUGAUGACCGCGGUGCUGGAGACGCUAGGCAAGCUGAACAAACAUCUCGACACGGUCAAUCCGGAAGCAGCGCAUUCCUCGUCGCCGGUGGUUUCCUCGCUCCUCACCGGGUCAGGGGCUCAGCAGCGAACCGCGCGACCGUCUGACGUGGAGUCCGACGGGACGCCCGACGGCGAGGAUGCAGGACCGACGAUCUCGUCGGACGUCAUUAAGAAACUGAAAGAGGAACUGCGACGGGAGAUGCGCGAUGAGUUGGAAAGGGAUCGGGCCACGUUGGAGGAGAAGCUGGAUUCUGUGCAGAGAACUCAGGAGAUGAUUCUGGAGAUGUUGAGACAGGAGCCGGGUUGA